GUCACUAACCUGAUUAUGCCAGUCCACGUGGCUAAUGUGAAGUAAAGGUAAAUAUUAACCAAGAAUGAAAAUUUUAGGCAGUGAAAGUUUGCUACUAUUCCCUUCUCGUCCCUUAUACCCCCAACCUCUGCUUUUCAGCUCCUGGCGAGUCCCUAAUGAAUAUCCAAUGGCUCCCAUUUUUCUGCUGGUGGUUGCUAAAGGUGAAGGGAAACAUGAUUCAGCAGCAGUUGGGAACAUUUUCGGAGAUUUUUCACUACAUUCCUGCACAGAUCUGGAAAUCAGACUGUGAGACCAAAGAGUUGACGGACAUCCCAAAGAAGAAUGCAAACACUUUGGAGGCCUGGUCCUUCUUGGUCCAGGAGAUAAUGAGUUGGUACUGCAGUGUGCACGAAUGCUGUGAGUCAGGAGAUUGCCGGCUGAUCAACAACAUCACAGGUCUUAAUCACGACCUGAGCAUAAAAUUGCAUGGGCAGCAUCUAGUCAAGGAGGUUGUGGUGAAAGCAGUGAAAGGUUUCCUAGCAAACGAAAACCCAGAGAAAGCAUUGACACUUUCCUUCCAUGGCUGGUCUGGCACUGGCAAAUUUGUGGCAAAAAUGAUAGCAGACAACCUGUACCAAGAUGGACUAAGAAGCGAGUGUGUGCAUUUCUACAUCGCUCCCUUCCACUUUCCACAUGCUGGCCUGGUUGACGUUUACAAGGCUCAGCUCCAGCAGUUCAUACUGACGGCUGUACAAAAAUGCCAACAGUCCUUAUUUAUUUUUGAUGAGGCAGAAAGCUGCAUCAAGGCCUUAUUUGAUGCCAUCAAGCCUUACAUUGACCACCAUGACCACGUGAAUGGAGUGGACUUCAGAAAGUCAAUGUUUAUUUUAUUAAGUAAUAUCGGAGGAAGUUCCAUAAACAGGGUGGUGUUAGAAAAUUGGCGAGCAGGACGAGCCCGAGAGGAGAUUACCAUGGAAGACUUGGAACAUCGGAUCCAAAGGGAAGUUACAACAUCAAAAGGUGGCUUUGCACAUAGUGGCCUUGUGGCUGAGAACCUCAUUGACUUCUUCAUCCCUUUCUUACCUCUGGAGUACAAGCACAUUAAAUUAUGUGUACGUGAUGCUCUUCAUUCCAGAGGAAUCGAGUACAAGGUAGACAUCCUGGAUGAAGUGGCAAAGGGAAUGCUGUAUGUUCCAAAGGAGGAAAAUCUGUUUUCAGCCCAGGGCUGUAAAUCAGUCUCACAGCGGGUCAACUUCUUUCUGCCCUGAACCAUAAGAGUUCAAGAAACAGCUCUUUAAGAACACUUUGUAUUCCUGGAGACCACGUCACUCCCUCACUUCACAGUAGCAGUUGCCCUCUAGCACCUGAGAGAAAGAAAUCUGACCCAAGCAACAGAGAAGAAAGGUAACCUUUAAGAAGUCAAGGAACAAAACUGCCUUCUGGUUUCCUGACUUUCUAGUGAAACAUAGCUGCAUCCUUGACCAUUGCAAUCCAUACUUUAAUGUUAUUGGGUAUUGUGGAUCCAAUGAUGUGCAAACCUAGGUUUUGUAGAUCGUGAAAAUAUCAGGCAGAAGGAUAGAACUUUUCCAUUAUAUUGAUGUUUCUCUGCACCAGUCUGGCAGCUUUUCAACCAUUUAUAUCCGGCAUUGACUGUCACUCAUCUCCUCAAAAUGGGGGUGAGGUUGCAUGUUACCCUGGCAUGCCGAAUACGGAGGAGACACAAGAGACAGCAGAUACUGGAAUCUGGAGCAACAAACAAGCUGCUGGAGGACUGGUGCAGGGUUUUGACCUGAAAUGUAAACAAUUCCUUCCCCCAUCCCAUCCCCCCCACAGAUGCUGCUCAACCCAGAGUUCCUCCAGCUGAUUGUUUGUUCCAUGCCAAAUACAAGUUUCCUUUUCCCCUUCACUUUUUCUUUCUGGAUGUAGAGUUACUAACCUUUCCCCCUGGAAUUGUUAGCGACGUCCUGCUUGGUGCAGCAGGCUAUAAAUUAUUAUAAAAUAUAAAUUUUUAAACUAAACUAUUGUAGUUAGGCUGGAGUAUAAAACAUUUUAUCAUUUGUGAUAAAUGCAAUAUCACUGGAUAUUGUUACAUAUUUCCAGUGUGCCACUGCAUUUCAAAUGUAUUUUAAAGGUCAAGUUUAGAAAUUUCUCUACAUUUAACUAAAAAUUACGAAUCAGAUUCUAAUAGUAAUCAUUCUAUGAUAAAAUGCCUUUCACAUCAUCUGUGUCUUACAAAGUUUUGCAUGCUGCAAAUGCAGUAUUGAUCCUUUCCCUCCUCAGCCUCUCGGCAGCAUUUAAUAAAUGUUUAGCUUCCCCUGUUGUUCAUCAUAUUGGUACAGCUUUCAUGUGUUUCUGGCUGGUGCCUCUCCCACAGUGGUUCCCUUUCCCCUUGGUUCUAUCCUUUGCUUCUGUUCCUCAUCUGUGUACUACGACUACCCCUUGGGAAAAACACACUGAAACAUGGGUUUUCCAAGUAGAGAUUUACUAAUGACACUGGCUCUACCUCAGUCACCCUAGCCCAGGUUAACAUUCAAGAUUAUUGAAAUCUCUGGUCCCUGCUCCUCAAGCAUAUCCUUACUGAUUCCAUCUUAGCUUUUUUGCACAACUCAGCCAAAUUUCAAAAUUCCUUCCAUCUCCAUGCCCUUGCAAGUCACCAUCAAUCUUUAAGCUAGCCUGUGCAUCAUUUCAUCAAUACGCCCUUUGCUGACUUGUCAUUUUUCCAAAAUUUGGAUCAAGUUCAGCCACCCAUAUCUUAUUCCAAACUAAAAGCUCAUCACCCUGUCCACUAACACGGUGAUAUAUUAAUGCAUUCUUUUAUCGCACAUUUGGUUCUGGUUCCUUUCUCAGAGAGCUGAUAAUGCAAGUGCAGGAUGAAUCAGCUCUGAACAAUACGUGCAAUGCUGAAUACGGUGAAUGAGGUGUUCUCCCAUUGUGUAACUUUCACAUAACAGGCACCAAUGUAGCCAGGCAAACCCCUAGUUCUGAUAACUUGGAAAAUGCCCAAUGUGAUGCAACCAAUUUGCUCAAGAGCUGUACCUGCAUUGUCAAUAAUACACAACAUAUCAUUACCAGGUCUCUGGUACCACAGGUGCCUGAAGAAAAUGAAGUGGAAAGCUAAUGCUUUCAAAUUCUUCAAGUCAAGUCCAAUUUUCUUCAGGAAAAGAAUGCUUCAAAUGAAAUUCACAGGUGAAACUGUAAAAAGAAAUUAGCAAUAAAAUCAGAUUCAAUCUUUUCCCCUUUCACCACAAUAUAAUAAUGCAAUUAUUUUGCUGACCAUGUGAUAUAAACUGAAACUCAUUGAAGGACCUGUGACAAGGUAGAUAGUUGCCACUUGUGCAAGUCAUAGGUCAUGUUUCCUCUGGUCAUUGUGUCUGGUGUACUUCCUAUUGCUGCACAAGGUGUUAGAGGAUGGGAGUUAUUGAAUGAAGGAAGAAAGAACUGCUGAUAGUGGAGUGAAAGGAGUAGAGAAUCAGACAACCAUAUCUGAAGAGUAAAAGCAAUGUUUGUCCAAGAUCUUAACUUGCCUGUAAAACUUGCAGUUUAUGAUUGACUUGUUUAAAAAAAGAAACCACAACACAGUACUAACCUGGUUCAAGUUGAAGGCUUCUGAAUACAAUUUCUGUGUAAUUGCAAUAUAAUUGUUUCAUUUUCAACCUCUGUUUUCCAGUCUCACCCUAAUUUUUUCCCCUAAGUAAAAUCACAAUUAUUUCUGCCUCUGAGAGAAGUGUUAAACUGUGCAGUGUCGUUCCAUUGUGGACUUGCAUCCAUCUGAAAAAGGUCUCAG